UUUGUAACUCAAAUUAAAUCUGAAGACGACGAGGGGAGCAGUUACAAUAUGAAGAAAAUUCGGAGGCGGCCAUCGAUUGAGUCAAGAUCGACGUGUCUUUCAAACAUCACUAACUCAGCCCAUAAAAUAUGAAUUUUUUUUGGCUGACACAUGAGUCUACCUUAAUUGGGCUCACGCCCUUUUCUUUAUAUACUCUUUUUACUCAACCCCUUUAUGAGCAGCAUCUCUGCGUCCUAAUUUUCUUGUUUUCUGUAUUGCCUAGAAAAUGGGUCGAUUCCCUCUUCUCGCUAUAGCCAUGUGGUCGCUUUCUCUUAGUGUAUGUGUCUUCCCCGACACCGCAUCCGCCCAACUCAAACAAAACUACUAUGCCAACAUCUGCCCCAAUGUCGAAAACAUCGUUAGAGGCGUUGUUAAUACGAAAUUUAAACAAACCUUUGUCACAGUUCCUGCAACUCUCCGUCUCUUCUUCCAUGACUGCUUUGUCCAGGGUUGUGAUGCUUCGGUUAUAAUUUCCUCCACCGGAAGCAACACAGCAGAGAAGGAUCACCCUGAUAAUCUGUCCUUGGCUGGAGAUGGAUUCGACACGGUGAUCAAAGCCAAAGCGGAAGUGGAUAAAAACCCAACGUGCAGGAACAAGGUCUCAUGUGCUGAUAUUCUCACCAUGGCUACCCGAGAUGUCAUUGCUCUGUCAGGUGGACCUUCAUACGCAGUGGAGCUAGGAAGAUUGGAUGGGCUGAGCUCAACUUCUGCUAGCGUAAAUGGAAAACUUCCUCAGCCAACCUUUAAUUUAGAUAAGCUCAACUCCUUGUUUGCCGCCAAUGGCCUCAGUCAGACAGACAUGAUUGCUCUCUCAGCGGCCCACACCCUUGGAUUCUCCCACUGCAGCAAGUUCGCUAACAGGAUAUACAAUUUCAGCCGUGCAAAUCCAGUGGAUCCCACGCUAGACAAGACGUAUGCGGCCCAGCUUCAAUCGAUGUGCCCCAAGAAUGUGGACCCAAGGAUAGCCAUCGAUAUGGACCCAACCACUCCCAAAAAAUUCGACAAUGUCUACUACCAAAACCUGCAGCAGGGAAAGGGUCUCUUCACCUCCGACGAGGUCUUGUUCACGGACUCAAGGUCCAAGCCCACUGUUAACACUUGGGCCUCCAGCUCAACAGCCUUCCAGACAGCCUUUGUCCAGGCCAUUACCAAGUUGGGCCGAGUCGGAGUCAAGACCGGGAAAAAUGGCAAUAUCCGCCGUGAUUGUUCUGUGUUUAAUUAGAGGAAAAGCACGGGAUCGAGCUUACUUGUAAUCUAAAGAUUAAAUUUUGUAAUAAUUUUGGUGGGUCUAUGUAUGGAAUAAGGGUCAAAUGCACUAGAUCACCAAAUCACAUGAGAAAAAAUAAGUCCAUGUGAAUGUUGGAUCUUGCUUUGGAUUUUCUUAUAAAAAAAAUGUUACAUUUAAGUGGCU